AUGUCUUUGGAGCCUACCUGCCUAUUUAUCCCACCUUUUACCCUCUCUCCCCCUCUUUCCCAUUUUCUCUCUCAUGACCAGGUUACAAGAGAGGGAGGGGGAAGCGGAGUGUCUUUUUUUCUUCAAUGAAAUCCACCCGGUCCUCAUCUCUGUUGAAUUAGAGAGGUUGUCCCAGGCAGGAUUCCUACCAGAGCCGACAUGGAGCAUCUAGAGAGCAGACUGCCUGCAGCUUUCCUCCUCCUUCUGCCUAUUCUGUCUGUCAGCUGUGUCUCCAAUACAAAAACUACAGUCUCCUGGUGCGUGUUGUCUGACGCUGAGGAGCAGAAGUGUCUUGAUUUGGCCGGGAACGCCACAGCUCAGAAUAUUAGAGGAACUUUACAAUGCGUCCGUGGCCUGAACACCAGAGACUGUAUGAACAAAAUCAAGAAUGGGACAGCAGAUGCAGCCUCCAUGUUUGCAGAUGACAUCUAUGCUGCUGGCUUCUGCCACGGCCUGGAGCUUGCUGCAGGAGAGUCCCACAAUGGAGUUGAUGGUCUUAGCUACUACGUGGUGGCAAUGGCACGUCGUUCCUCCUCAGACCUGUCCCUGCUGGAGAUGCAUGAGCGUAGCUCCUGUCACCCCGGCAUGCGCACCACAGUGGGCUGGACUGUUCCCGUUGGCUACCUGGUCAACACGUCGCAGAUCAGAAUUGGGGAGCAGUGCAACUUCCCCAAAGCCGUUGGCAACUUCUUUGGUUACAGCUGUGUGCCAGGUGUUAAGGACCAACAGCACGACCCGAGAGGCAACAACCCCAAGAACCUGUGCGAGGCCUGCAUAGGAGACGAGAACGACAGACACAUCUGUGCCAACAACCACAGAGAGAGGCACUAUGGAGAAGCAGGAGCACUGAGAUGUGUGGCAGAGAAUCUCGGGGACGUGGCAUUCGUCAAACACACAACGAUCUUUGACAAUUUGGACGGUAAGAACCAGGAGUCCUGGGCCCUGGAUCUGGAGCUGGAGGACCUGAAGCUGCUGUGCCCUGAUGGAACUGAGGCGGACCUGGACGAGUUUGAACGAUGCCACCUGGCAGCUGUCCCCGCUAACGCUGUGGUGGUGCGCAUGGAGGACAAGUGUCGUGUCUGGAAGUUCCUGGAACGUUUACAGAAUGCGUUUGGCAACUCCACCGAGGGCUUCCGCCUGUUCAGCUCAGCAGGCUAUGGCGAAUCCGAUCUGCUCUUUAAUGAUGCCACCCACCACCUGCAGAGGGUUCUGGGUAGCUACACCUCUUGGUUGGGCCCCACUUACACCACCAUGCUGCAGGCCUUUGAGUGCGAGGGGUUGCUGCUUUCCCAUGGCUUGUAG